AUGAAGAGGGACAAGUGGAAACCGAACGACCACAGCCGAAUAUGCUUCGCCCAUUUCAUACAAGGAGCUCCUUCAGACGACCCAGUGCACCCAGAUUAUGCCCCGUCACGGUUUCUCUAUCGAAAGGCACCCACCAGCCAAAAUGUGCAAAGGUACAACCGACAACAGGCAAGGUCCACAAAAAGAGCGGCGGCCGAGCCAAAGGAUGUUUCGUGUGACCGGGCUCCCACUGACCCAGAAAACAUCGAAGCAGUGGUGUGUUGUGAGUCUAGCACCAGAUGUGAUGUGUCGGUGGCCACCACACUUUCAAGCAAGGACAUUGAACAUCUGAAAGCAGAAAACGCCAGCCUGAAGAGUACCCUUGCUGAAACGCAGCAUCAGUUACACGAAACCAGCAAGCUGCUCAAGGAGUACAAGGCUACAAACCUGAAUUUGAUUGCUGGCAUCAACAAAGAUUCUGCAACACAGGCAGCGUUGCACUCAGACACUAGGGUUAAAUUUUACACAGGCAUUGUGAGCUUGCAUCUGUUCAAUGCACUCCUGACGUUCAUUUUGAGUGUGUGGCAGCCCGACGUCACUUGUCUUCUGCCACAGGAGCAGCUUGUGCUGGUGCUGAUGAAGUUGAGGCUGGGUUUGUUGAAUGAAGACCUCGCAUGCAGGUUAAAGGUGUCUGUAACGACAGUUGGCGCAGUAUUCCACGCCUGGCUAGACAUACUUUCACAUAACCUUGGGAAGUUGAUUGUAUGGCCCUCGAGACGGGCUGUCAGCCGCAACCUGCCAACUGCGUUUGGUGAUCCCAUCUUCAAGAAUGUGAUUGGUGUGCUAGACUGCACAGAGAUUUUUAUACAAAAACCUGCCUACAUGCUGGCUCGAAGCCAGACGUAUUCCAGGUAUAAGCACCAUAAUAAUCUCAAGGUGCUUCUUACUGUGUCACCAAGUGGAGCCGUUACUUUCAUCUCGGGGGCAUGGGGGGGACGGGUUUCCGAUAAGGAACUGACGUUGAAGUCUGGGCUCUUGAACCUUGUGAAUGAAGGGGAUGUGUACCUCGUGGACAGGGGAUUUCGAUGCCAAGAGAUGUUUGCUGCAAAAGGUGCCAGGCUGUUAAUACCUGCGUUCACUAAAGGAAAAAAUCAGCUUUCGGGUACGGAGGUAACCCUUUCCCGCAAACUGUCUCGUGCUCGCAUCCACGUGGAGCGGGCAAUAAGACGUCUCAAAGUGUUCAGGAUCUUCCAAAUGGUUCUACCAAUUUCUUUCUUAAAGAAGCGUGAUGAUGGCGAGAUUUGCACAAUUGACAAAGCGUUGAUUGUUUGCGCUGCCCUGACAAAUCUGCAGCCCCCUCUGCUUAAGAAAUAG